AUGCCGUACAUCAUCUACGUGCCUGGCGUUCCCCAACCAUACAUCACCAACGAUCCGAGAAUCUACAUCGACUGUCUAAAACUACUCAAGUGGGAGUGCGAACCACGGCCAUUCCACGAUGCAUUCUGCAAGGAGCUCCGGGCAGAUGAGGAUGAGCAAUCCUUGGCUGACAGGCGUCGUGAUCAACUUGAGGCCUUCUGGGUUGAGGCACUUCAGCGGCAAACAAACCUGAGGGACGGAUCUGACCGCCCGGAUGAAAACACAGGCACAUUGAUUGAGAAUACAGUCGAAAGUUUGGCAGCGCAUGACUUGACCAAAACGUAUUGUCUGAUAUCAAGAAGCGUGGGGAAGAUGGUCGGAUGUGAUUGCUAUGGUACAACCAUUGGAUACCACCCAUGCCAUCACACUACUCCGAAAAUGCCUGGCCUCUCGAACACAGUCGACGAGCCGAGGCCAGGAAUAUACUGUAACAACUGUAAUGCUAUCAUUCGAAAACCAGAUGCUCCUGCGGUGCCAUCCAGUGAGAGGGUCGUUGUAGUUGAGGAAGGCCCGUAUACAGUAACGGCAACUGACGAUGCAACACCACCGCCUCUGAUAUCCCUCGAUGCAAACGACCCAUCUUCUGCCCCCGAUACUACUGCAAUCCCUUCUAUCACGCCAUCGCAUCCGACUGCGCAAGCAUGGAAGUCACCCAAGAACUUUACAGUUACAGUACCCAUUGUCGUUCAUUUGCCUGUCGAGGCAUUCUACCGCAACUUCCCGACAGAUGCAUCAGGAAGACGAAGAAGAAUAAUUACGACGAACUUGACCUACGAUGUGACAGUCGAGCUGCCAGAGACCCGAAUACCUUCAGAAGACAAUCCAUUACCAACGUCAUAUGCGCGACCCGUCAAUCCGUGGUCUUCCACUACCGGACAGUGUCGAUCGACGGUCAUUGAUGAACCCGAGUCUCUCCCACGCUCCAAAGCAGGCCAUUAUGAACACGCUCCGGAUGCUCCCCAGUCUUCCGAGCAGCCUGACAUGAACUUUCCUGGCACAGGCAUCGAUGAGAUGACGCCUUUGUCUGACAAACAGCUCGGCAUGAACGCUUCUGACAGAGCUGGAGACGGACGAGUUCUUCGCUCUGAUUCUGCGCAAAACACGCCGCAGCUGAUAAAGCGCCCUUCAGAGGAAGAAGUCAUUGGACACAACUGGAUCAAGUUUCAUGAUGAAGGACAGUCGCAUGUAUCGCUCAGUGACAACCCGCCCCAGAUGACGACAAUGCAGGAACGCCAUGCGCCGCGAGACUCGAGAUGGGUCGCUUUGCGAAACAAAUUGCGUGAUACUGGAGAACACAUUGGAGAGAAGCUUAAGGGAUCUGGGGAUUACGAAGGCAACAAGUUGAAAAAGGAAAACGACCCCAGGAAACAGGGAGAAGGCCGAGCGAGAAGGGCGUUUAAUUUCUAA